CAGCUCCGCAAGAGCCGGCGCUUGUUAACGAGAAGAACACGAAUUCAUCCACGCCAGGCGAAAAUCUCCGACGACACCGAGAUCGCGUUUCUUCUUCCGGUCCGCUGAAAACCAUCGGAAACACUGGCGCGAGGCCCGGAUCCGAUACUCCGGCGGCCGCCGAAGUCGCUUAUUACACCUCCGUUCAUUCAGCCAAAGUCCCCCUCUGUUCGAGUAGGAAGAGUAGUAGACACCGCUAUGCUAUGAUAUCUACGAUUUUUACCUGAGAGCAAACUGAAAGUACCGUCGUCGAUCAGUGCACGUCGAAAAGUGUUAAACUUGAUCCGCGUUGCGAACCGCGAACUUUAGUACAGAGUGACCGAAGGGCGGACUACGGCAGUGGUGCGUGUUUAAACCCGGAAAUAGCUGCGGGAAAAAGGUCGCGCUCGGACUAUGUGCCCGAAGAGAUGUAAGCGCGCCUGGCUGACGGAAGCUCCGACCAUUGGAAUUUACAUUUAGUCGCCUAUUUCAUGGGUAUACCGAGAUGGGAAAUAUUGGCAGCCAGAAUGGACAACUUAAAUACAAGCCAGCAAAUGCGGAAGAUCUUCAGUGGCCUCAUUCUUUCCCAAGAACUCAACCGAGAUUCCAGCAGAACCAGAUGAAAGUGCUUCCAGACAAAACGCCCAAGAUCAGAUUGAGGCACACUGAAAAUGGAGAACUCUUACACAACAAGGGCACUCUUACGGGGAGGCAAAUGCAUAGUAGGCUGGGAGAAACGAGGGAGAUCCAAAAAUGUGAAUCAGAGCCUCAUCUACACCGAUUGGUCAAUACACGCCAUCAAGAUUCUUUCGAAUCGGAUAAGGAGAAGAAAUUUAGGAAGAAAUACAAAGCGCCUCCCCCACCGAACCAGGGCAAUAAAUUGGAGAGCAACCACGAGUACUGGGAGAACAGAAAGGAGACGCCGCCGAAACCGAGACUUUUCAAGACCAAAAUCGAGAGCGAAAGGAAAAGAUCCACUCCGGAUUAUCAGGAGAAGUCCGAUUACUUCCAGUCGUCGCACAAAAACGUAACGGGCAGGGGGGAAACGGAAAAUUCAUCGGGACCCUCGUCCCACAGGCUCUCCCUGCCGGUCUUGAACGCGCCAGCCUGGGAUUUCCAAGGGGAACUGAAGGAGGCCACUAGGAGAUUGAGGAGAAUCAGGGCGGACGAUAGCGAUGACAAUUUGCCUCCCAGGGAACCAUUGUCCGAGGAGAACGACAAAAGGAACAAGCUGAAAACGCUGGAUCAUCAUAUAGAUAGGACGGACCUUAUCAAACUGAAAAACAGCAAUUUGCGACAGUUGAAACAGCUCAGGAAGGACGAAGGACACUCUUACAUUCGAAAUGAUACGUCAGGUCCUGAUUCGCCAGCAGAGGAAGCUCCACCACCCAAGAUCAAGGAAACGAAGACCGAGCCUCCAAAACUCUUCUAUUUCGGCAUGACAUCUUCGCACAAAGGGAUCCCGAUCAGCGGGAAUGACGCAAAAUCUGGAAAGAAAAAUUUCGAGGAUUCCGAAUCGUCCGGCGAUCAGAAAAAGGAUACUUACGAUCAUUCAGACCAGGAACUUAGGAGGAGGAAAUCGAAGAGAACGUCUGAAACCACCAGCAGGUUUCCACCAGUCUCGUCGACCAAGGAAUACAAAUAUUCAUCGGAGGAAAACGAGGAGCCCACACGUGUUUUUUCCAUUUUCCCCGUCAGAUCUACGUCCAACGAUCGAUCGCGUUCUGGAGAUUCGGGAAUAUCAGGAGAUGGCAGUCCUGCAGUUUACGAGGAUAGCUCUGAGCCUCUGAUGAAUUCCAAGGAUAAUUCACAGUCCCUGCCACUGAUCCUCGGUUGGACGCCCCAGCAGGACCUCGGGGACGACACGAGCUUCGAAGAAGAGUCCUUCACAGCCGGCGACUACGCCGACAAUUUCGACGUGCAAUCGAACCAGAGGCACGUAUUCAGCCUCUCGUUGCCUCGAGACCACCACCUUGCCUCGUACGUUUCGGAGAACGUCACCGAGACCAAUUUCGAGAAGAUCAAACGAUCGGUGUCCGGCAUACUGAGCACGAUGCACAAGAAGGAAGCGGAAAGCUCGCCGGAAAACGAGAAGGGAAACUGGUUCUUGAACAAAUCGUGCAGCGAUCUGAUCUCUCCGCCGGCGCCGCUCAGCAGUUACUCGAAAACGUCGGAAGAGUUGGAGGAUUUCCUGUCGCGAAGCACGAAGUUGAACACGGGGAGGAUCAUGUACUUGCCGAAAGCUGACAGGCCAGCGCGUCCCAGGCGGUACGAGACGAGGAACAAGCAGAAAUACGCGAGGGACGAUAAACUGGAGAGGCCUGCGUUCGCUAAUAAGCAAAAUUUGAACGAAACCAAGUCGAAACAAGUGCCAGAAAGUUUGCAAGAUUCGCCAGUCAUGAGCGACAGGAAGAAUUUCAAGAAAAAACCGAAGCGAUUCACGUUCCAAAGCACCAUCAGGCAGAUUGAGAGGAGGAGAAUCGCUGAAAAGCUGUCCAGAGAGGCGGAAAAGAAGGAGCAGCAGAGACUUAGGGAGUUGGAAGUGAUGCAAAAAGUCGAAAGGGAGUUUCAAAGGAAGAGGGCUAGAGAGAAAGUCAAUAUCAAACAGCAACUGAGUAGAUACAGCUAUGAGAAUACAUUAUUAGAUAAUUCUUCGCCUGAUUCGAAACACGAUUAUGAUUCAGCAGUAGGAGAAUUACAGGCACGAUCUGAACCUGACGGAGCAGUAUCGUCCUCGCCAACUUCAUCACUAAGUCAAUUAGAUAACAAACGCGACCAGAAGAAUUAUCGCGAAAAGGACCAUAUGGACUUUGUAAAUAACAAUAGGGAAUAUAAGUCUUUUUCGGAUAAUUCAGAUGACAACAGAUCGAAAUCGAUAAUGCAAACAAAAGUUUUAUCGGAGUAUAGACAACCACAAAGGGAGUACAGGGAUUACCAGACCAGCAAAAAACAUUUGCCUGACGGGGCGGAUAGGCAAACGACAGUACAUCCCAAAGUGACGUACAAAAUGCCUAAAAGCAAAGGCACAUCUCGAUACGAUACCAACAAUUACCGCAAAGACUUCGCUUAUGGCAUAAAGACCAAAUCGGAAACUUCAUGGCAUCAACAGCCUGCACCAACAAAGAACCCACCAAAUGAUUAUUAUAGUCAGUUUGGACCUUUAACAAGGUUUUAGAUUAUUUUAUCACAUUAUAUAUGUUUUGUUUAUGUUAUAAGAACUUUUUUAAAACUGUUAAUUAUUGAAAUAAAUUAUUCCGUUUGUUGA